AUGGAAAUCACAGAGAAUCCUCGAACAGCGUGGCACCAACCCAGGGUCGCCAUUAACAGCCAAACAGGAUUUGCUUUCGCGAAAGACUUGAUUUAUUUGAUCUUCGCGUACUAUGUCGUCCGGUCUCUAUACCUUCUCUACUGGAGUCCGCUGGCCAAGUAUCCAGGGCCGAGGCUAUGCGCCAUCUCCAGAUUGCCGUGGGUGUGGUACGAGGUGAGCGGAGGGAUGGCCAAAUGGAUUCACAACCUCCAUCUCAUUCACGGCGACAUCGUGAGAGUGGCACCAGACGAGCUGAGCUUUGCGAAAGGCGCCGCUUGGAACGAUAUCUAUGGCCCGCCGACGGAGGACCGCAAAGCCACUGAAAAGGAAGCGAGGCACUACGUGGCACCAGGAGGGGGUAGCAAUAGCAGUAUCGUCGGCGCUUCUAACACAGAUCACCCUCGUCUUCGACGUGCUCUCCUCCAUCCUUUCUCCGAGCGCGCGUUGAAUGAGACUGAGCCACUCAUUCGUCGACAUCUGGAAACCCUCGUCAACAUUCUCCAGGCUGCCCCGCCAAUGGACAAGUUUGAUAUGGUGACCAUGUACAAUCAUGCUGCUUUUGACAUUAUGUCCGACUACGCCUUUGAUGAGCCCCUCCAAAUGCAAACGACCUCUCAGAAUCACUCAUGGGUGGACACCACAUUCGGUGCUCUGUGGGAGGUUUCUCUGCUUCGCAUGGCCUUCUACUAUCCGUGGACUUCGGUGAUUGUCCCGCUGUUUGUACCCAGAUCCCUGCAGUCGAGCUUUGAAAAGAAUUACCAGCAUUGCGUGGAGAAGGUCAACAAAAGUCUAGCCGUGGGCCCAUCUCCCACAGGUCUGCUCGGGCGGAUAAUGGGUCUGAAAGAGGAGCUUCGUCUCACUCCCUCGGAGCUGCAUGUCAAUUUGCAGACUUUGAUGGUAGCAGGCACGGAGACGUCUGCUGCCCUUCUCUCAAGCGUGACAUACUACCUGCUACGUAACCCCCUGGCGAUGCGACGGCUUCAGAAAGAACUGAGGUUCAACUUUCACACCGCUGUAGACAUCAGUCAGACCGCUCUAAAACAGAUGCCUUAUCUCCACGGCUGUAUUGAAGAGACAUUGCGUCUACAGCCACCAGUCCCACUUGGUGUUCCUCGAGCCAUUCCAAAGGGCGGGGGGGUUAUCUGCGGCGAAGUUCUUCCAGAAAAGGUAGCUACUUUUGUUCCCAUGCAUAUAUAUCAAUAUCGCACUGACCACAAUGGCCUUAAGACCGUUAUAUAUGUCAGUCCGAUAGCUAUUGGUCGCCACCCAUCCCGAUUCAAAGACUGCGAGUCUUUCAUCCCAGAACGCUGGCUUGGGGGCAACGAGUACGCCGCCGAGGACAAGUCUGCACUCCAGCCAUUUUCUUUUGGUCCACGAAACUGCCUGGGGAAAAGUUUCGCUUAUCACAAGGCACGUAUGACAUUGGCAAUGGUGUUUUGGCAUUUUGAUCUCUCAUUAUGCGAGGAGAGUAUCGACUGGGCAGAAAACCUGCGGCUCUGGAGUGUCUGGGAGAGACAACCAUUGAUGGUCAAGGUGAAAACCCGACCAAUGUGA